AUGCUUGGAGGAGACCUCGCUAUAAUAAAAUCAGCUGCUGAGAAUAACUUCAUAUUCAGCUUGCUCAAGAAACAGAAAACCAUCACCGUUUGGGGUGUGUGGCUUGGUUUGGUCCGCAAGGCAGACAAAAAGUUUUACUGGAUUGAUGACACUCCACUGGCGAAAGGUUACAGGGCUUGGGGAAGCGGCGAACCAAACAAUGCUCGUGGGAUUGAAAAGUGUGGAAACAUGUAUGGGUUGGGAGUAGGCAAGUGGAACGACUUACCUUGCGAUAUCGAUCCGGCAAAGCAUUGGAAGUACGCUCCAGUUAUCCUUUGCAAGAAAAAGCAAAUUAGGUGACUUGCGUCCCAAAAGUCAAAUAGAGUAGAGCACUUUUUUGUAAUGCCAUUCAAUAAAUUAAGUAAUACAACAUUUUAAAAAUCAAAACUAUCGAUUUUGGGCAAGGAAGGAGUGCACACUUCUUACAGUGAGAAUUGUUCGUCAAGUGAAGCUAAGUUAAGAGAUUGAAAAUAGAUUAAUUAAAAUCAAAAAUAAAAUGGCGGUUACAUUUAAAAAAUGCUGUCCUUUCGUUUAUGAUCUUUAUUUCCCGGCUACUUUAACCAAUAGAUCGUGCGUCUUUCAGUUGAAAGUAGAUAAUUAUUUCUAGACAUAGAAGAAUAAUAGGGAUCUCAGGCUAGCGGCACUACGAAAACAUGAUUAAUAACACGAGUUGCCAACUACAAUAAGCGCCCAGAAAAUAAUAAAUAUAUAAUAAAAUAAACGAAAAAAAAGAUUGCUGAUUUUAACUCAAAAAUGUUCUGUGAUGGUUUGACCACCAGCCACAAAUCAAACUUGAGAAAAGUGUACGUAAUGCAUAGGCCUAGUGUCCUACUGUUGUUGUUUGUUUGUGAGAACCCUUUUCAUCCAAAUGCUGCUAUUUGUACGAAGUAGGCUUCAUAGAUGGCGUCAUAUUUGACUACUCUAAAUAACUCUCGGGGCGUCCAUUUAAUUUCAGGGGUCCAAGCAGAGGUGUUUAAUAGAUAGGAGGCGUUAAAAGAGAGAGAGAGGCCUUUAUUUUUAUAACGUCAACAAGUUCACAAAUCUAAGAUAUGCUUUCGGCGAAAAGAUCAAGAGAGUUUCACGGUAGCGGGAUAUCAACUCCAUCAAUUGAUACGUCUAGAGAUCCAUAUCUCUCUUUCAAUCCCAACACUGAUGUCAGAAUCCUUACUGUUGUGUUGCUGUCGUUAGUCCCCGCGUUAGUCUAUCCUUACUUUGAACUUAACAUUGAACAAAAUGAAAUACACAAAGCCUCGUUAAUAAUCAAGCAAGAAACUGAAUUUCCUAUUCAUAUUCACGACUAAGAGACGGGAAUGGGAGUGCAGCUCGAACUAUGGAGCCUGAGUGUUUAAUGCCGUCCAAAUAACAUACAAAGUUCAACAUCAUAACUAAAGAAUGGUAUACAAAUAUUCCUAAAUAAAGUCACUCAGGCUUAACUGAUCACUAGCCUGUGAACAGGCCUUUAGUCGAGCGGCGUGGGGAGAGGGAAAAGCGAAAAGGCCUGUGGACAGACCUUUGGGGCCGCCGUUCCACGGCACCCGCUGUGCAUCAGAUCCUGAUGCAAGCUCCUAUUGGCGAGAACACUGACUGUUGACAGGUCUGAUUGACAUCGGCUUUUCGGUCGGCACGUAGCACGCGAUUUGAUCACAGAGUGGCAAUUAACAAAACAGUCCAAAGACUAUUACCACGGGGAGGAACUACGCGCUCCGGUCAAAAGACUCAAACUGUCUUUACAAAAACACUAAGCUGGAGUUUAUAGUUAACGAAGCACAAUGCAAUUCUCCAUAGCUGAUGUAGCUUCGGUUUAAGCUGCAUUUCAAUCUUAUAAUUUUGGAUCUGUAAAUAACCAUCCGUGAUAAUUUUUAUACAGUGACGAGCUGGGCCCAGCGUCAGAAUACAACAUUGCAGAAAAUCAUUACAUUCACGGACUAAAGAAAAUCGCUUAGUUAUUCAGAUCGAGAAGGCACUUUGGAGAAAAGUAAGACCCUUAUUCAGCCGCAAAAAAAGAAAAUGCUCUUGCAUCAGAGGACAAAUCCUGUCGACCAGAAACAAAAACCACAGUAAAUCGAUAUGUGUGCCACGACCUCUCAGUGUGAAACAAGCGGCUAAAAUCACAUUUGCUCAGUGAAAAUGUAGAACCUUCCAGAGAAUAAUCUACCGCGCAGAGGAAAAAACUUAUGGGAACAAGCAGCAUUUUGGCAUAAAGUAAAAGUCGUGUCGGCCUACCAUGUAAUUCCUGUCGGCGAUAGAAGCGCUGCUGAUCUCUUUGUACUUAUCUUCGAAGCUUCACUUUCUGGAGAAGUCAUGAUAGUAUCUGUACCUUCCGCAUUCCAAGUUCGCUCAUUGCAGCGGCUUGUUAAAUUACAAACCGAACUAGCAAGACGAACGGCUUGUUUUAAAUCCUCUUACCGGAGAUCGACGACUUUUUGCAAAAUCAACAAUGACGUUCAUGCUCCAUUUCACUCUGUUUUCAGACGGAGCAAAACACCACUCAUUUCCUGUUAAUUUUCCCAGGAGUUACUCACGCGCGAAAUUGAUUGACCGAUAACGAUCGACUGACAGAUGUUCGGCAAGAUAAUUACAAGAGGCGGAAUAGCGGCCUCAAAUGUUUGUCUACAGGCUCUCUCCCCCCCUUUCCCUUCCCUUUCCUUGCUAUUUUUCCCCAAACGGAGAGCCUGUUCACAGGCUAACUGAUCACAUGCGCCGCCUGAUACGAAAACCCAAAAAACCCAAUGGGAAAAAAUUGGGAACGUAUUCCGCAGCCGAUGCGGUCGCACAACCUCUGGGGUUAAAGGUAAAAAUCAAUCGAUAGAUGAAUAAAGUAAGAUAUAAAAAUAAAAGUUGAUAGUUCGAGAGCUGAGAUGAAUACAUUACAACUGUCAAAACCUUAUAUACCUAAUAACAAUAGAGUCAAUUAACGCCAUAGCGGCUCACGUGCGUUCAUACCAAUAGGAAAGCAUUGACAUUCUCUGUCACUGCCACUACAUUUAGCUCGCCGAAUGUAAAUACAUGAAUUGAAUGAUUUUGCUCCUUUUUCGAAUUCCUUGUAAUUCGGAGUAAUUCUCAUAGGAAGCGUUUAUUAGAGAGUGGCGUCUAAUACAAUUUAAACGGCGUAGAGGGGGCGUUUAUCAGAUAAAAGGCGUUUAUUUGAGAGUGGGCGUCUAUAGCUCGCUCCGGAAAAGAGUGACAGCCUGGAAUCUAAACUAAGCACGCGGGCACUUAUGGAAUUGUUUGGGGGGACGGGUCGAGCAGCCACCUUGAAUACAGCUAUUUCGAGAAAGGUUGUCGGAAAAAGUGCACGCGACAAUACCGAAAGGAAUUGUGGGUGGUUUUGAGUUCACCGAUUUUCAAAGAAAUUUGAAAGAAUGGCACGAGAGGCCACGGACGUAUGUUGGCGAGUGCUAAAACAAAGCAACAAAAGUAGUUUCGACAGCUACAGUGUCAGGAACAGUGUAAUGAUCAUAUCCCAUAUUACCUUUCGGGAUUGUCGCGUGCACGUUUUUUCCAACAACUGGGUACUACCAAAGAGACAAAACAAGAUGGUGGACGUUAGCCAUUAUCCCGUUGCAUUCAGUUGCUGCAAGCAAUAGCCAAGGAAUAAAUUAGUUUUUCUUACGUUCGUUUUCUGUUUUGUUUGAUUUUUCCCCCGCGAACAAAUAUCUGUAUUGAAUAUAGCUCCACCUCCGUGACCUGUAUUAAAAUUUCGUGACUUGGUGAGAAAAUGGCAUCACAACUCAGUUAAUAGCACUGCUCGGGUGUUUCUAAAACGAAGACCCAAAAACGAAGACCUAAGACCUAAGACCGCAUGGCCUAAAACGAAGACCCCCCUCGACUAAAACGAAGACCCAAUGGACUAAAACGAAGACCCCAUGGACUAAAACGAAGACCCCCCUCGACUAAAACGACUGAUGCUAACCGCUAAGGGCAAUACCCACUCUUGUAAUUUGUUACGGCGAUUUGGGAAUGUUGUGGACUUUCUUCUUCAGUAUUUAGUUGUGUUAAUCAAGUCUAUCACUUACCUUUCCUUCAGGUUUCUUUGAAAACAUUUUGCAUGUUUAAACCACUUUGGAAGUGUUCACGGUGAUGAUGACGUCAGUUUUAGUUAAAUUCAAGCUUUUUGCAGCAUUAACGCGAGAACGCCCUCGUGGCCUUGUGGUAAAACCAUAAUGUUGGGUUUAAGGUCGCGGGUUCGAGUUUCGUCGGAUAUGUGUCUUUUUUUCCUUGUCUUUUUCCUCUUUUUUCUUUUAUUGUUAUUGUUAUUUUUUGUCACAGUUGUCAUGAAAACAACUGUUUAAGCAGUAAAGAUGAGUCAAUUUUUAACAAUAGAGGACAGAAUAUCGUAACAGCGUAUGACAGGGAUAUAAAUAAAUAAAACCCGGCAUAAAGACAAAUGAACCUAGCUUAAAUGAAACUCGAAAUGUUAACCUUUACUCGAGUAAUGUUCUCGAUCAAAGGCUUUUUUUUCUCUAUUGAUGAGGUAAAAAGUAAUAACAGAGCGCGAGGUUCCUCUCUCCUUGAAUUCGUCAAUGAGAAAUGUCUCCUUGUUAUUUCCUCCCUAUACUACGUGUUGUCACUGUUUUGUUUUUUAAAUGCAUUGAUACAAUUCUUCGACAUUUUAGAAAGCUGGAGCACGCAGUUAUAUUUUCUUAACUCAUUACACCCGGGAUGACACCCAAAUCAUCCGACAUUGAAUUUUGAACCAUAAAAUAUCAGAAAGCCAAUGGACCCCCUCCUCCCCCAAACCCCAACUACGCGCCCAAAACACGUUUGGCGGAAGUCUUCAAGACAAAUCCUGUCAUAAGCCUUUUUGAUUGUCAGGCCUUCCAUGGCCACGCUGAUGACCUUUGGGCUUGUCACGCCAAUCCUUUUCACCGAGGGCGCAUUAUAACCACACGACACACUAGAUGACCCUAUUUUCAAAGAAACCUGAAGGAAAGGUAAUUGAUAGACUUGAUUAUCACAACUAAAUACUGCAGAGGAAAUUCCACAACAUUCCCAAAUCGCCGUAAGGGACUGUGCAAUAAUUAUCAGGAGGUGGGGGGUUGAAAAACUAGAGUUAUCUAGCAAAAACUUAGAGAGUGCCUCCCCUUCAAAACAAAAAAAAGUCGUUCUAACCCCCCUCAAACACACACACACACACCCACCCUUCACCGUCACCAUUACCAUAGAUGCCUUUAAGUAAAUACCUUUUAUAUUGUCAUGCUACUGUAAACGUACGCUUACUUGUUGGAUGUCGUCGUCUGGAGCAAAUAGUACCUCAUAUGAAUGUUCAACAAAGCCAUCCGUUUCGGAGUCAUCUGAAUCCAAAUCAGAGUUGUUUUCGGAAGUACUUGUGUGAGAAUCAGAGUCGUAUUCGGAAUCACUGGAUAGGAGUUCUGUGUCACUGUCAUUGGCACUAUAUUAUAAUAAUAAUAAUAAUAAUAAUAAUAACUUUAAUAGUAACAUCCUCGUGAGGUUUUUCAGGAACUAUUUACAAACUAUUUACAAUUUAUAAAAGCAAAAAUGACAAUAAAAACUCGAAAUCACAAUUUAUGAUGGUAUUCUACUAAAUUCUAGAGCUUAUGAAGGAAAUGUCUGCCUCAAUAGUGUGUCUUUCAGGGCUCGCUUGAAAGAUGCCAAUGAGGCACUUUGCCUAAGUUCAUUAUGCAAGUUAUUGCAUGUGUAGGCCCCUCUGUAGGAGAAUGUGCGCUGGCCUAUAGCCGUUCUGUAUAGCGGAAUCUGCAAAGAGUUCCGUGUACGAGUGUUACGAGUAUGUAUAUUUGAGCGAUUGGUAAACUUGCUCGUUAAGUAUUGAGGCGCAAGAUCGUUCUAACAUUUAAAGGUCAAAACGGAGUCUCUAUAGAAUAAUUGUUCUUUAACAGGAAGCCAGUUUAGCUCUCGAAGCAAAGGUGUUACGUGGUCAAACUUCCUAGAGUUUGUUACGAUCUUGCUGGCAAAAUUCUGACUAGAUUGUAAUCUGUUUAUAUUCUGGAGUGUAGUAUUUGACCAUACAGAUGAGCAGUAAAGCAUCUUACUAAAGACUAAUGACGUUAUUAACACCUCUAGUGUUUCCUUGUCGAAGCUCCUUUUGACUCUACUUAUUUGGCAAAGCUUUGCCAAACAAGAUGACACUACACAUGAAAUAUGGUGAUCCUAGGUCAGAUGGGGGUCAAGAAAGACUCCCAAGUCCUUGGCAGAGUCUGUUGGCUUCAGUGUUUUACCUAAGAAUACCACUCUAGGGUCGUCUGGUAACCUGUUUAACAUCUGUCUGGUACCGAGGAAAAGGAGUUUAGUUUUAUCGGGAUUGAUAAGUAGAUGGUUCUCACAGCACCAUUGAGCUACACUGUGAAAGUCUUGUUCGAGCUUUUCAGUGGCAGCAUCAAGCUCAACGAGAGGAAAUGACAUGAAUAGCUUUGAGUCAUCCACAUACGAUUCUAGGUUGCAAAACGUCGGUGCCGCGGGUAAAUCGUUGAGAUAAAUGCAGAACAACAAUGGUGAUAGGAUUGCGCCUUGAGGAACUCCGUGAGUUAUAGGUAGAGUGUCAGAGUAGCGGAGCCAAUUAUCACGUAUUGCCUGCGAACAGUUAAAUAGCUCUUGAACCAUUUGACAGUAGAAGGUGAGGCUCCUAAGAUGGAGAGUUUGUGGAGCAACCUUACAUGGUCUAUACUGUCGAAGGCUUUGGAUAGAUCUAAUAGUACUAGUGCUGCGAUCUGCUUUUUAUCCAUUGCUUCGAGUAUCUUAUCCGUGAGCAGGAUGUUUAAGGUCUCUGUAGAAUGAGCUUUUUUAUUGCCGCUUUGGUGUGAGGUAAGGCGGUUGUUUUUUGUGAGAUAGGCGCUGAACUGAUUCAAAACAAUCCUUUCGAGGACCUUUGAAGCUACGGCUAGCAGAGAUAACGGUCUGUUGUUGGCAGCUUUUUCAUGGUCACCGUCUUUAAGAAUCGGAAUCACCUCAGCCUCUUUCCAGUUGUCAGGAAAUGUGCUAGUAAGGAUAGAACAAUUGAUGAUGUCAGUAAGAGGGCCCAAUAUGACGAGCGCUAUGCCAGUUUCGGAUGAAAAAUCUCGGACUAUGAUGUUAUGUUCUUCCCUCCGGCGCUGUACUGCGUCAGCGGCAUUUAAGCCGACUUUAGCAAAAAACUGAUUGAAUUCGUUGGUUAAGACUGUCACAUCCUUUGUAAAGGCUGGUCUCUGCUUAUCUUUGGAGGGGAUGGCGCGAUUAAUAAUUUUCCAGAGUGAGCCAGAGUUGUUUUUAUUAGCUGUGACCUCUUCAAAGGUGUGAUCUCUUUCAGCUUCUUGUAGCUUUUUCAUUACCAAGUCACGGGAAUGUUUGAAAUUUAUCCACUUGGUGUCUUGGCGAGACUGUAUGAAUUGCUUCAGGAGGAGAUUUCUAUAUCUUUCGUUGUUUCGUGUUCCAGUAUGCGAGAAAUCAAGAGCACGUACUACCAGCGCAGCUUUCCUUCCAGAUACUUGAAGAUUGUUCUGCUUCAGGUAGAUCUUAAUUUGUCUUGCUCUGAGGGAUUUGACUUCAUUUUCUUCUUUCCAGUUAACGUCUGGAAUGGUAUUGCGUUCAGCUUCCCUUUUUUGAGCUUUCAAUGCAAGAAACUCACGAUGUUGAACAAAACUUUUGAGAGUGAUUUCAUCAACCAUCAACUUCUCGUACACCUCCUGCAUUUCGUUGGCGUUGGAAGCGGUUAACAUACCAGAAUCGACUAACUUCUUGACUUGUACACUUGGAAGUUGUCGGUCGAUUUCAUCGCUCAGAGCUUGCAUUAUAUUUAGAUCCUGGGGAGGAGAGCCUGUUGAACUUUGUUAUGAGCCAGAUAUAUAUGGAAUUCAGCAAAUCGAUUCAGUCGAUGAAGAAACAUUACUUUUAUUCACAUCAAAAACCGACAAAGCGUGUCUACGAGAUCUAUUUGAUUCCCAUUGUUUUAUGGGGGAAGAUGGAAAACAAGUUCAUGAUUUUUGCUUUACAUAGGAUCAGCUCAAUUAAUUAGAAGACGGGUUAAAAUUGAUCAGAUGUGAAUUUGCUUUUCAUUUUGAUGGAAUAUUUUCAAUAAUCAUUUAACAGCUGUUCGUAUUGAUAUUUGUUACAGUCUAUCAUGCCUGUAAUGAGAAUCUUUUAUUGCAUUUAAUUUUGUUUACAUUUCGAAUAAAACGUAAGGCCCCCCUCCGUCAAAUGAGUGAUUUUACUUUGAGCCCCCCUAUCUUGGCAGCAAUUUUAUGUAAUGCCCCCCCUCUAGUUUUUCAGCCCCUCCCCCCCUCCUGAUAAUUAUUACACAGUCCCUAACAAAUUACGAGAGCGGGCAUUGCCCUUAGCAGUUAGCAUCAGUCGUUUUAGUCCAUGGGGUCUUCGUUUUAGUCCAAGGGGUCUUCGUUUUAGUCCAUGGGGUCUUCGUUUUAGUCCAAGGGGUCUUCGUUUUAGUCCAAGGGGUCUUCGUUUUAGUCCAUGGGGUCUUAGGUCUUAGGUCUUCGUUUUUGGGUCUUCGUUUUAGAAACACCCAGCACUGCUCCUCUACUUCAGUUUAAUAUCAAGUUGUGCAAUUCAUCAUCUGCUAUGGCAUUUAUUUUUUGCUGCCCAGUUUCAAUGCCAGAGGAUCUGUUUUCACUAUUAAAGUAUGAAUUUGUUGAUGUACAUAUCUCCAAUAUCGAGCAUUACAGUUGGACAGAUUGUGAAAACUAAAGUCCGGGUAAAUUUAAAAUAUAAUAAAUCAUCAUUAUUUUUUAUCUUGCACACUAAUACUACUGUGCAAUGAAGAAUAAGUCUGUGAAAAAAAACAAAAUUCAUUGCCCUUGAAAAACUGACAAAGAGGUUGCAAGAACACAAAUAAGUAGCUCAGCAAAUAUUUUUGUUUGAUAAUAACAGCUUUUUGUAAUGAAAUGGUCACUGAAAACUACCCAUGCAAGACAUAUUAAGGAACUUCAAAGAAACUAAACAUUCACUAGUCUUACAUUGAAACCAGACAUUGUUAUUUAUUAAAAACUGAAUCAUUGGAUAAUGCAAUUCUAGCAUUUUGAUUGGCUUAGCCGUUAUGGUAUAUAUUAUACCAUGCUCUCCAUAUAUGGUCGAUGUACGCGUCAGUUUAAAAUUGGAAGCUAGCUGAGACAUUUUUUCGCGAAGGAUAGAACGGCGCCCGAUGCAAAUCGUUUUAAUUCAUUUCUUAGAAUACUAGAAAUGCAUGCAAUUUCAUCGAAAGAAAAAAGACAAAAACAAACAAAAAAGCCACAAGAGCUUGUUUGAAAGUUUGUCGAAAAACACCCGAAAAUACAUGGAACUAAAGUAUCGUGACCAGCUACGAAAGAAGACAGGUGUUGUUUGUUCAUGAUCGCGAAGCCAUUCGCCGAUCGAGUCACUCGCCGAUAGAUAACUGCGGCUUGUUUAUCCGACAUCAAGAAUAUAAAUCACAAGUAACCAGCUACAAAUAAAGGCUAUGCAGCCAUUCACUAGAGCAAUCGAGGCGGCAGUAUAGCUUCUUUUCUCGUUCAGCAAAACCAGCUUGUGGCCUCAAACAAGUUCAUAACAAGCGACCGAGGUAAUAGUUUUUCUCCGUUGUUCUUGCUUUUGUAACUGCACCGAAAAUCCAGAUUCACAGUAAUUUCGACGACUGUCACUUAAAAAUUCUUUUCCUUCACAUUAUCUGCAAGGUUUUUUUUAGCUGUCCUGCUGUGUAAAAUCCUAGAAUCCCGAUGAGUGUUAAAAAAAUUAAUCUUCAUCGCUGCAAUGUUUUGAUUUUUCAUUCAUGCAGUCCAGGCGAGUCCGUUCGCGCGUUGACAGUUUUGAUAGACGUGUGACAUGUGAACAGCGGAGGUCCUUUGUCUUUUCCGGUUUGUUCUAGUAGGGGGAGAUUCAACGAGUUUUUGUGGGCGUUUUUAAUAAAACAAUUAUUCCACUCGCGCUUGUUGGAUAUGAGAUGAUUAUAGCCAACUCGGCGUUACGCGCCUCGUUGGCUAUCUAUCAUCUCAUAUCCAACGCGCCCUCGUGGAAUAAUUGUUAAGUAAUAUAUCAAACAUGAGAUGCAGUGUUUCAUCACCAGAUGAAACACCGAGAAGAGAGUUGAAAAUACGACGCGCAGCGGAGUAUUUUUGACGAACUUCGAGGUGUUUCAUCUGGUGAUGAAACACUGUGUCGAAUGUUUGAUAUUUCUUCUCAAACAAAAUCAUUUUUGAAGGAGAAAUUAAGGAUGCAAAUACUGAGCAGUGUUUCAUCCGAUUUCCAAACACUCAUUAAACAUUAAUUUCCUUUGUAUUUUCUUAAUGAAUUAUUAAUGAGUUUGAGAAAUAUAUAUCUUGCAGAUACAACAUAAAACAUUUAUACACCUAUUUCAAUUAAGGUUGCUCCCGUGAACCAUGUUUCAUAGCCUGCAGUGCCCUAUGGUAAACCCUUUUGUAGCAGGAAGUUAAGUCUUGUUCAGAGACUUGUCAGAAAUUAACAGAGGGGGAGGGGGGUUGGGAAUUUUAAAUUUGGGUUUGGAAAUUACGUGACCCAUCCCUGCAAUGGCAGUGAAAUUUGCUAACCCUCCCCUGAGCUUGGCCUAAACAUCAUGACCCUCCCAACCUUACAGAAUUGAAAAAAAAAUGUUCCAGGCUCUUUAAGGUGCAGUAUUCCAAGCCAACAAGUAAAAAAAGGAAACAAAAACAAAAUAAAAGGAAAGCAAAGGAAGCUAGGGCAAAAAGAAUGGAAGCUAACUGCAAAAGAGUUAUUGAAACCAUUGCACCUCGGCAAGAGUCGCAUGAUGUUACAGAACCUAUUGGUCCAUUAUCUCUUCAUUAUGAAGGAAUAAGUGGGCUCCUCAAAACAAAAUGGCCAUAUAUUCAAUAUGCCUUUGAGAAGGGAUUGUUCACCAAAGAAUCACUGGACAUUGUCAAGCAAUAUCUACACUUCAACUUAAAUGAAAAUCAUGAUGAUGAUGAAAGUGAUUGUAUCAAUGCUGAUGACACAAGUGAUGAUGAUCAAGAUGCUCACACCAGCAUUGAUGGUGAUGCUGAAGACAGUGAUGAAAAGGAUAACCAAAACUCUAAUAACAUUAGUAACAACAUUGUUCAUAAUAAAAAUGCAAUAAGACUGUAUAGCAUUGGCCACUCCAGAAAAUACCAUAACAUACCAUAAUGCUUUUUGAUUGUCGCCCCAAAGUUUUGCAUAAGCAUUGUCUUCAGUUUCUCUUGGGAGUUAAAAUGGCCCCAAGAGAAACUGAAGACAAUGCUUAUGCAAAAUUUUGGGGUGACAAACAAAGAACAUUAUGGUAUGUUAUGGUAUUUCUGGAGUGGUCAAUUGUUAUAAAUGAAAAGUAGAUGUUUGUUAAAUUCUUGCAAUAGUACUUCACAGUUUACAUCCAUAAUGUUCCGUUGUUCUUUUUUUUUUUUUUUUUUUACCAAAUAAAGAACUUCCUCUUUCUUCUGUGGGUGAACCUCUAUAUGAUCAUGGGCAUAUAUGACCCUCCCCCUUUUAACGGCCCAUUUCUAAUGACCCCUCCCUUUUCUGAGUCUCAAAAGGUUGUGACCCUCCCUCUGUUUACACCCCCCUCUCCCCUGCUAAUUUCUGACAAGUCCCUCACGUUCAUUGAAAUAAUGGAGACCAUUUGUGAAAAGGCGUUCAAGAGAGCUUUCAAGUCAAAUGGCUGCUAAAAUUCUUAAGCAUGAGCGAGCUGAAAAAUUAUCUCAUAGUAAAAAAAUAGAAGCUUCUUCUUUUAACAUUUAAUGAAUAGGGUUUAACCGCCUGAUUAAGCUGCGUUUUUGCGUGGGCCAGAAUUCUGAUGAUGACUGGACAGCUUCUAUCUAUGUCUUGGUGCAGCUUAAGCAAAUAACACACUGUCUAAAUGUACUCAGUGGUCAAGUGGAACCCGAUGCCGAGGAGUACAGUUACCAGUUGAGAGUCAAAAUAAUUGGUCUACCAGAGAUAAGUUCUAAAGAAACUGCGCCUGAACAAGUUCUUUUUGCGUCAAACUCUUUCAGGAAAUGGGAGCUGAAGUAUCCAUUUUUGACACCGAUAUAGUGCAUCGCGUCUCAACAAGGGACUGUGUCACGCUAUUUACUAUCCUUUUUUAAAGUUCACAAGUGUCUUCGCAGCAAUUGCACAUGGGAAGGGUGGGGAUGGUACUCCUGGUGGGGGUACGUAUGCCGCCCGGUUCACCAAAUCCUGACCCUAUUUCGACCAAAAAAAUGCAAUUUUCUACACCCGUUCUCAGACCAGACUUCUAAAAUCCAAACCAUUUUUCAGACCUGGCCUUUAGGUGGAAAUUAUGUCAUCAUAUCUUAGAUUAGAGUGCAAACAAAAAUUUCGUCACUGACAUGCAUUUCGAACUCGCAUAUUUCUACAUUUUCGUUCUUAUUCAUCUGGAAUUGAAACGACAAAUACGUUUAUACACUUCCGUAGUUCCCUCGAAAAUCAUACCCGUUUUCAGACCAAACAGAAACAAAAAGGCAAAAACACUAACCUUUGCGGCGGCACAAACCCAUAUGGCUUACAUAGGGAAGUACCCCACCCACCCCCCUCCCCCCCGCCGUGCAAUUGUGUUACAAAAAUAAUAAUAAUGGUCCAACUUGGUUGUUUUGUCGUCUGUUGCAACAGAUUGCAAGGAUGGAAAUGGUUUGAAACUUGAAGAAAUUAGGACAACUUUUUCAAGUCACUCAAUAUCAUGCCUUUAAAUGUCAACAGCAAAAAAAUACUUGAGUGUUUAGUUUUGUUCGAUAUCGUCUUCCGAACUCUACCGAAGCAUUUCAGAUUUAUACGGGUAAGGACACUAAGGCCUGUUUCAAACGUCGUGCUACUGCCGUGCUAAGUUGGCUCGACUGUAGCUCGACUGAAGCACGACACCAGCACGACUUGGUUUCAGAAGUCGAAUUUAAUUCAGUCGAAUAGAACCACAGGGAGCCCGCACAAUCUGUUUGUGUAGCCGAUUGUUAUUUUAUAGUAAAUGUUCUGGAUUUACCGUUUGCCUCACCUAUAGCGAUAUGUCGCUAACUAUGUAUAUAAAUCAAUGAUAAAUAAACGUUGAAUUACCUUACCUGUGGUAUAUAGUCGUCCUUUUACCUCAAAAGCGGUUUUUGGAGCGAUUUUCAAGGAGUUUGAUUUCGCCGAACAAACAAUAGAACAAACGCAACAAACGCUUACCAAGUCUUCUUCAUCAGUUAUUAUUUAACCAUUUAGUUAUCCAAUAAAAAAGAGGCAAUCAGCGGGACGGUUUCUGGCUGGCACGUAUGAAUCUUGCUACGCAUUCCUGCCGCUCGAAUACUGUGGGAUUUUAAUUUUCUUCGACGGCUAGCUCCGGGCUGUUUGGAUGGAUUUUCGAUCGGAAGGUACGAGGAGAAACGUGAAUCUUUCUACCUUUUUGCUACGGAGUUUGUAAGCGGAGCGAUGCGAUUUUGGGGAAAAAAAUUGCUCCGGCACUGGAGCGCUUUCAAAACAUGGAUUCCACCCUUGUCCUUCUAUUAUAAGGAACAGUCAACGGCGAAAUCAAACUCCUUCCUUUGGACAAAUUUAUUGAUAAAGUCCUAGUAUAUGAAUAAGAAUUACAAUGCUAAAAAAGCUUGUGGUGGGGAAAAGCAAAAAUCAAUUAAAAUAUCAGAGUAUUUACAUAAAACUGGCAGUGCAACUUUUUGGUGAAAGUAAAAUAUCUAGUAGAAUGAAUUAAAAAAAUGUCCAGCUUCCCCCCCCCCCACCCCCCCUUCAAAUAUAUUGUUAUCCUUACAGUAUAUAAAUAACUUUAUUGGAAAAAUCAUCCAGGACACUAAAUGACAUUUAACGUGAUCACGACUAAAAAAUAGAAUACCACUGUAAAAUUUCUCAACAUUGUGUCUCAAAAUGCACCAGAUUCCAUAUAAGCGCAUAUUCAUUUCAAAAAAUUCCCGGGGGGCAUGUCCCUGGAUCCCGCUAGCAAGCUCGUGAUUUUCGGCCGCUCGGGAUGUCUCCCCCAAAACGAUAAAUCCUAUAGAUAGAACCCUGAUUACCCCUGUUUGUCGGUAACAUGCUUUGUCUACCUUCAUUUUGUCUCACAUUUAUGUGAGUUUAGUCGUCUGGAAUUUUAUUUAUCACCAUUUUAUCACGUUUUUAUCGCGUUUUCCCGAAAUUUUCUCUUUUGUAUUAAUUGCAACUUCCUGUCGCACGUCUUUUUCUUGCAGUUGGUUUUUGCGUUACGGAUCCCGCUGAUUCAUGUGCUCGGUCUGAGAAUGACGUUUUGGUCGUGUGUUCGAUCUGAGGAAGAUUUUCGGUCGCGGGUUCGACUAGAGAAUGAUUGUUUGGUCGUCCGUUAAUGACCUCGGAAAGACUGAUUUUGGUCGUGCGUUCGAUUUUAAAAAUGAUUUGGUCUUGUUUCCCGUGACCUUAGACAGAUUUUGACAGUGUGCACGACCUGUGAAAGAUUUUUAGUCGUGUGUUCGAUCUGGCGAAGAUUUUGAUCGUCUGUUCGGACUGGUCAUGUGUUUCGACCUUGGAAAGAGUUUGGUUGUAUGUCACACCUUAUGUUUUUUGUUGGGCUUUUUCCCCAGCCUUCCCAGCCUUGCCGUGACCAGAGCGGAAAUAUAAACGACUCCCUCUAACCCGUCCUUAGGAUGGGUUCUGGCGGGUGUUAGGCUGGGUGCAAACGGAUGCAACAAAUCCCAACAUUGUUGGGAGUUGUUGCGUGCGUGUUGGCAGUGGUCUGCAAACGGAUGCAACAACUCCCAACAAUGUUGGGACCUGCAGUGCAUCGUGGGAAGGAUACAACCCAUAAGUCUUUGUAAACCAUGCGUAAUGAGCGUGCGUGGCCCCAACAACAAUGUUGGAAGAGCUGUGCAAACGGAUCCAACAUUGUUGCGCUACGCUUCGGCGAUCGAGGAACAAAAAAAAUGUUGGGAGUUGUUGGCUGAAAGGUUUGACAGGUUUAAAACUUUGCGCAACAACACGCAACAACAUCCAACAACAUGCAACAGGGUGUGCAAACGGACGCAACAUGUAGCAUCCAACAAUGUUGGGAGUUGUUGGUCAACAGCGUUGCGUCCGUUUGCACGCAGCCUUACC